CUUUCCCCAUGGACUAGUAAGAUUAUAGAGCUACCUUAAAUAAGCUCCUGCUGUGACUUUUAUCUUGGUCUUUUAAAGGUAGCUGAAAGUUGACGUGAUGACAGCAGAUAAGGGUAUUCGUCUUCGAAGCUCAUUGGUUGGUUCUGUGGAAUUUUUUUAAGUCAAUCAUUCAGAGAUACAGCUGACAUAAGCUGAUUAUUCCUUCCUGAGCUCGUACACCACAGACGAGACUGGAGAGGGGGGAGCAAAAAGGGGGUCAGGCGAGGCAAACGUUCUCUCACAGCCAGUAUAGCUUUGCUGCCUUUCCCGAUGGGAGCUGGGUAAUAGCUGGGGUUGUAACAGGCGUGGACUCCUGCUCUCGGCGACCUUGAGGGAAACCAAAUGAAAACCUGGAUAUUAAUUGCCCCACCCUUUGGCCUUGGAACGGUGAGAAAAGUUCAAUGCCCCACAUGGUGGGGCUACUUCAGCUCCAGCUUAUAUAUUAAACCAUUGUAUCAAAGGCAAGCCAUGUUCUGCGAAGAAAUGUAACCUGAGGAGAAAGGACACCUGUGCCUCUGAGAACACUGAGGGAUUCCUGCAUGGCCUGUCACUCUUUGCUCAGGGACUCUUAUGCCAUAGCCUGAGGAGCAGGUCUUUCUGGUUUUCGCUGAGCUGGGGGAAGCUGGAGCAGGGGUGGGAUCAUCAGUAUUUAUCCACAAACAUCUCAGCAAUCUUCCUUUCUUCUCUUUUUUAAAUUCUUCUGGAUGUAACAUGGAGAAAGAGCUUCCAUGAGGCUCCUUGCAGUCUGAGCUCAACCAAGUCAAGCUGAUUUGGGAAGAUAAGUUUGCUGUGGCUCUCUGGAAGGGAGGAGGAGAAGAGGAAACUAAAGGACUGUGGCUUCGUUGCUAGGUUGGGGAGCAGUGUCUUCAAACUGUGGAGCAAGUAGCUGGGCAUGCGAUGUGUGUGAGCUCCUGGCUUUUUUUCGUGCUCUGCCUGUUGAAUAUGGGUUAACGGCCUUUGACCAUGGUGGUCACCCAGCUACAACUGGAGCUGUGCUUCCAUGGGAAGAAACUGAGAGGUUUCACCUGCAAGCUGACCAGGUCGGCUAAUGGAUUUCUCCCAGAGACGUCCUUCUCCAUUGCCUCCCAGAUCUUCGUGCCAUUCCUCUUGGCUGGUUUGGGCAUGGUGGCUGCUGGCCUGUUGAUGGAUCUUGUUCAACACUGGGAUGUGUUUCGGACAAUUACAGAAGUUUUUAUCCUGGUUCCUGCCCUGGUUGGCUUGAAGGGUAACCUUGAAAUGACCCUGGCAUCCAGACUCUCUACGGCUGCUAACACUGGACAGAUGGAUGAUACCCAGGAACAGUGGAAAAUGGCCACCUGCAAUUUAGCCCUGAUUCAGGUACAGGCCACUGUAGUGGGGCUGCUGGCUGCCAUAGCUGCUGUCAUCCUGGGAGCGAUCUCAAAGGGGCACGUGGAGCUGAAUCAGGCCGCAGUGCUCUGUGCGAGCAGCGUGACAACAGCAUUCAUAGCUGCACUGUCCCUAGGUCUGGUGAUGAUCGGCGUAAUCAUUGGUGCGAGGAAGGUGGGGAUAAAUCCAGACAACAUCGCCACUCCCAUAGCAGCGAGCCUUGGAGAUUUGAUAACCCUUUCUCUGCUAGCAGGAAUCAGCAGCACCCUCUUUAAAUACAUAGAUGUGAAAUACCUUUCGCCUCUGAUCUGCGCUGUGUUUGUUAUCAUGAUUCCUCUUUGGGUUGCUAUUGCCAAGCAAAGUCCGUCUAUUGCUGAAGUCCUGAAGUCUGGAUGGCAGCCGGUGAUUGUUGCAAUGAGCAUCAGCAGCAUUGGUGGGCUGAUCUUGGAUAAAACUGUAACUGACCCGAACUUUGAAGGCAUGGCGGUUUUUACACCCGUGAUUAAUG